AUGCCUAAUGUUGCUGGUAAAAAAAGAGUUGAAAACAAAUUGCUUGAGUUGACUGGAGACAAGAACGUCUUUUGGGAUCCUGAGAUAAAGAACAAGAUGGCUUACUUGCGUAAACUUUGGCAAACAAAUAAUCAGUUGAUGAACCGUACUGGUGUUGCGGUUGAUCCGUCUAGUGGACAGAUAGUGAUGCCUUCGUCUUGGUGGACAGAUCGGAUUGUGGAGUAUGGAAAAUCUGGAAAGUUCGUUAGUGUUUUGAAAAAGAAGCCGUUGCCAUUCAAAGAUUUAUUGGAUCAAAUAUAUGGUGAACAUGAUGUUGAGCAAGAUGAACGUUAUUCUCCUUUUACAUAUUCGGCACACCUGAAAGAGACACAAUCUCAAACACAAGAAGGCAAUCGAGAAGCUACACAACCAGUUUUAGAUGUGAGCAACUUGUCUGCAUCUAAUGAUGAAGUACCCAAACAAGCAAAACGGAGAACAUGUAGCAGCCGUCCUCCAAGAAGAAAAGCUAACUUUGAAGCGCAAGUCGAGAGUGGAUUUCGACGUGUGAUAGAUAGCCGUAAAGAUUUGUUAGAAGAAUUACGCUCACGCAAAAUUCAAAAACUAUCAUAUGGUGAUGCAACAGCUAUCUUGGAAAAGUUGCCGAUUGAACAACUUGAAACAUUCUGGUGGGCAGCAAACAAGUUACUGAAGAAUGAUGGUGAUAUUCGUGAAGCUUUUAUUAAGUUUGAAAGUGAAGAAAUCAAGAUUAAGUAUCUGGAGACGUUGACUGGAGUAGACAGAUUUGGAAAUCAAUGCAACAACGUGGAUUUGGCACUCACAAGCAACACUAUGGAAAAUAGUCAACAAAUAGGUUUUGGUUACUCCCAAAAUUUUGAUGACAGUCCAACAAGAUUUACAGCUAGAGGGACAAAUUUUACGACUCUACUUGGCAUGGACCCUUCUAAAUUAGGAGAACCAUGA